AAAUACCCGCAGAGACAGGGCUUGGUUCUAUCAGGCUUCAUCCACAUUAAAUCCCUGCUGGUGAGAGCGAGCAGGACGCAGAGACAGGAGAUCAGGCAGGAGACCUGCACUGUCCAUCACUUCAUCUGAUGUAACCAGAGCGAGUCUACACGAGACACUUCUUUCGAAUUAAGCAGCUUCGUUAUUACGAAAAGAGAGAAGAGGCGAGAAAAUGGGACACACCGCAUUACCUUUACUGGUGGCAGUAUUGUCCUACUGCGUGUGGGAAAGCAGCGAGGCUCUGGUCAUGGCCGAGGUGAACGGCCCAGGGCCGGAGGUGCCGGAGCCACAGAUUGCCAUGUACUGUGGACGACAGCUCCUGCAUAUGAACCUACAGACUGGACAGUGGGAACCAGACCCUCAGGGCCGACAGGGCUGCUUCAAAGAGCCCAGUGAAAUCCUGUCCUACUGUCAGGAGGUGUACCCGACACUUUCAAUCUCUCACAUAGAGGAGUCAAAAAGACCCAUCACCAUCCGUGCCUGGUGCAAGAAAAGUUGGGGACACUGCCAGACACAUCCAUAUAUAGUCCUCCCCUACCGCUGUCUGGAGGGCGAGUACGUAAGCGAGGCCCUGCUGGUUCCUGACCGAUGCCGCUUCCUUCACCAGGAGCAGAUGGAUGCUUGUGAGAGUUAUGUGUACUGGCACAACAUAGCUAAAGAGGAAUGCACUGCAGAGAAUCUGGAGCUCCACAGCUAUGGCAUGCUGCUGCCCUGUGGCGACCACUUCCGCGGUGUGGAGUAUGUGUGCUGCCCAGGUCGAGGGAGCCCCAGCAGUAAAGUAGACACAGAGGAGAAAGAAGUCCCUGCUGUAGUUCAGACAUUUACUUCCCAGACCAGUGGAAAAGACAAUUCUUUAACUAAAGUCGUGGCAACAACUCCCAGCCCCUCUCCUGACACAGACAUUGAUGAGGCUGACAUGGAGGAAGAUGAUGUAGUGGAAGUAGUGGAACAAGAGGAAGAAGAGGAGGAAGACGAUGGAGUAGCUGAUGAAGACGAAGCAGACGAGGAUGAGGAGGAAGAGGAGGCAAUAGCUGUGAAAGAUCCAGAAGAGUAUGAAUACCCCAUUGAUUCAGGUCCGUACCAGACCCCAGACUAUUUGGACUCUUUUGACUAUGAGAAAAGCCACAAACCAACAACCUCAUCUCCUCUGAUCAAGGGAGAGAGCUUAACUACAACCCGGCCCACUGAUGGUGUUGAUGUUUAUUUUGAGAAGCCAGUAGAUGACACUGAGCAUGCCAACUUCCUCCGUGCCAAAACGGACCUGGAGGAGCGCAGAAUGAAGCGCAUCAAUGAGAUCAUGAAGGAAUGGGCAGAAGCUGACAACGAGUCAAAGAAUCUACCAAAAUCAGAAAGACAAGCCCUGAAUGAGCACUUUCAGUCAGUGCUGCAGACACUAGAGGAGCAGGUCGCAGGUGAGAGGCAGAGGCUGGUGGAGACUCAUCUCGCCAGAGUGCAGGCUAUUCUCAACAACAACCGCCGCUUGACUCUUGAGAACUACUUGACUGCUGUGAAGUCUGACCCCCCUCAGCCGGAGCGCGUGCUGCAGGCACUGAAGCGAUAUCUGGCUGUAGAGCAGAAGGACCACAGACACACACUCAGGCACUACCAGCACAUUGUAACUGUUGACCCCCAGAAAGCAGAGCAGAUGAAGUUCCAGGUCUACACACAUCUCCAUGUGAUUGAGGAAAGGAUGAACCAGAGUCUCGCACUGCUGUACAGAGAUCCUGCUUUGGCUGAGGAGCUGCACGAUGACAUCCAGGAGUUGGUGAAGGCGGAACGAGGAGACAUCAGUGAGCUCAUGACCACCUCCUUCUCCGAGACUCGCACUACAGAGGAGCUCCUGCCUGCUGAGAGUGAGGAGGAGAAGGAUGACGAGGAGGAAGAAGAGAGAGUUUUCCAGAACAGGCCUUAUCCUCCACGCAUCGAGCCACAGUCUAAUAAGAAAGUGUAUUCAGCUGAUGAAUACGAUUAUAACACAUCUGAGAGGGGACCAACCUAUGAAUAUGAGGAAAAGAUCAACACCUCAGCAGAACUUAAGCAGGUCAUCAACAAGCCUCCUGAGAUUGCGCGAGAUGAACUGCAGCCUGAUGCCUUGGAGACAUUUAACCGUGGUGCCAUGGUAGGCUUACUGGUGGUGGCUGUGGCAAUCGCUAUGGUGAUGGUAAUCAGCCUGCUGCUAGUGCGCAGGAAGCCCUACGGCACCAUCAGCCAUGGCAUCGUAGAGCAGGUUGACCCCAUGCUAACGCCAGAGGAGCGACAGCUUAACAAGAUGCAAAACCAUGGCUAUGAAAAUCCUACCUACAAAUUCUUUGAACAGAUGAACUGAAACACUGGAGCCACCAACAAGUCAUGCCUGACCACUUUUCCAGUUUCAUCCCAACUGUCCAUCCCAUCCUGAAGACAACAGUGGUAGACUUACUUUGACUGAUUUAAGAUUUGUGUGAAAGUGUGUGAUACAUCCGACACGUUUUGUAAAUGACCAACAGCAACCUAUUAUUAACAGAAUGUGAAUAAUGACAUGUGACGCAAAUUCCCUUCACCUAUUGUAAUCCUCUGGGCUGCACACCAUUUCAUACCCCUGAAUACUUUUACGUCACAGGCAGAAAACAACAUCCCAGUGGCAUGACUUGAUCUAUUGCUCUGUACUAGACACUGAAGUUGUAUGAUGCGUUAUGCAUUGUAGUGUUUCUUUUCUUCAGCAGUGGUCUAUUUGUUCAACUUGUACCAGAGGUAGAUGCAUAUAAUGUUUCCGUGUAGAAGAGUGUGAGUGUUGGCCUUGUGUUUUUAUUAUCUUUAAAAUUGUGUAACUUUUAAAUCCCACUCAAAUAUAAAGAGGCACUUAGCUAAAGCUAACUGUUGACAAGCCCUUACCUCCAGGAGGGAAUUGGAUCAUAACCUUAAUAAUGGCCAGGAUAAAGAGGUGUUUGCUUUGAAUGAGUGUUGUAUUAAGGCUUCAGAGUAAAAAGGCUACACUAGCCAGUACAGGAUUGCGUGCUGGUGGUAUAAAAAAAAAACCCAAUCUCUUAAUUUUGAGAGUACUCCCUAUUUAUUUCAAUUAUUUGGCAAAAUUGACCAAAUAACCUAUUCAGCAAAAUAAGUCAGUAAAUGGGAUUAUUUUCCUCGUACUGCUACUCUAACAGCUGUAAAUUAGAAUAACCAGAGAUCUGUUAUUUUAUUCUCAAAGCAUGGAAACUUGGUGUAUGAUGCUGCUGUAUUUAUUUGUGUUGUUCCUGUCACUGCUUUUAAAAAGUUUGGGAAUGUCUCCGUUCAGAAUGGACACUGUAAAUAACGUUAAGAAAUACAUAUGACUAGAUGUAGACAUUUAUAUGAUUAAUUUGCAUUGAUGUCACGGAAAAAUACAUUGAAAAAAAAUCGUACAUUGUGCUGUUACCAGAAGGAGAAACAUUUUCCUAACAUGGCUGAUUGAAAACGGACUGUUGUAAAAACCAGCACAAGACAACGACACAGUUUCUUGUUUCUGAAUGUAUUUAAGGUAGACGUUGAGAUUCCAUCUUUCUUUCAGUAAUGCAUCAUUUCCCUUAGUACAAAUUUUAAAAAGUAAAGUUUCUUGUUACUAACAGAUGCCCAAUGCCCUUGUCAUUACCUAAUGUAGCAGACCUUUCAUUUUUAGUAAUUAGAGUCUUAGAGCCAUAGACAGCGUAUAAGAAGUGGACAUACCCAUUACUGAACUGACUCCCAUCCAGUGACAGUUGGUGGUAAAAUGAGGCUACCUUUUAACUCGAUUUAUGCUGUCGACCAACAUGUCAUUUGGGUGUGUAAUGAUUUAAUCAUGUAUUGAUAUAUUUGUCUAGAAGUCUGUUUAGCAAAAAGUAGAAAAUAAAGCAUAAUGGGAGAUUGGCUCACAUUCAACCAGGCUUCUCUUGGACAUUUUUGUUCUGUAUCAGCUAAGGUGUUCCAUUUCUUGUUGAAAUUAUUUUUCUAUUAUUCUAAAAAAUUGGAUCAUAAUGUAUAAAAUUAAUCUCAUAUUGCAUUGGACACCCCAUACUCACAAUCUUGGCCAUUAAGAUUUGACAUCUUAAAUAACGUAGCUCAAUUUAUCUGGUCUUCCAGUCUUCAUGGAAUAUGUCCGGUUCUUAUAUACAGCCUAUUUUUAAGCCGAGCUUAGGUUCGUUACGAUAACAGCAGAGAACUAACUGGCCACAGUAGCGACAUUUUGGUGUGUUUUACUAAAUGCCACACACACUAAGGUACCUGAGAGUUAAACAGUAUAGCAGCCGAGUUUGAAUAUUUUGAAUCUAAAAGAUUAAAUGUUGGUAUUCACUUAUAUUUUAAGUUAUUA